CAGCUCCCAAAUAUAAAAACACCUAGUUUUUAUAUUUGGGAGGACAAAGGAAGUAAAAGUGGAAUAUUUCAGUGUGUAUUCGUAAGAUAAUGGAACCCUGUGUGCAGUCCACUGUUAUCUGACAUAAUGACUAAUGACAUCUUUGAACAGGUUGAGCAGAAUAUAGGAAAAUCACUUAAUGCUGAUGACAGGGUUCAAUGGAUCAGGGGGCGAAACCUAGAGUAUUUAAAAACAAAAUGCAAGCUGCAAUAGAUAAAGUGGAAGAAUGGACAAACAAAUGGGGAUUCAAACUGUCAAUUGCAAAAUCACAAGGCAUAUGCCUCACUGAAGGCCAUAAAUCAGCAUGUGUGAAACUUUAUGGACAAGUAUGCAAACAGGUUAAGUUGGUUAAAUUUCUUGGAGUUCUGCUGGAUGCCAAACUUACAUGGUAUCGAGAUAUUGACAAAGGGGAAAACAAAAGCAAAAAGAUCAACAAUAUACUACAAUGUCUAUCAGGGCGAGAUUGGGGAACAAACAGGACAUCUUUAUUAAAUAUUUAUUGGGCCCCUGUGAGAGCAGUCAUAGAUUAUGGAUGUACAUCUACAGCAUAAACCAACCUUAAAAACUUUAAUGUUGAACACACUCAAGCUCUUCAAAUUUGCAGUGGAGUAUUUAAAACAUAUCUGCAAUGUAAAUUGAAAUGAUGGAAAUUGGGUUAAUCUGCAAAGACAUAGUAGAUCCAACCCCACUAACGUCAUUUUACAGGAUUGGUGGGAGCAAAAUAAAUCCAGUUCUUGCAGUUUUGGGUGGAUAGGGAUGCUAAAAGGAAAUGACAUGAUGUAAUCUAAAACUAAGACCCACUGUUCCAUCAUCGGGGGUAACUCUUAGGAGAUUCAUUAUACAUCCAUAGAUACUAGUCUGUAGCAAAGAGAGAGAACCUAAACUGGUACCAAACACCAAGAUAUUCAGAUUUACAGGUGGUUAAAAAAGAGUCUGGGUGCACAGGUGCUGCAUUCUUCAUCCCUCAUUGUGAGGUAGCCAUGAUAAAGAAAGUAUCAGACCAUCUUUCAGUACACAGUUGAAUUACACAGAAUAUUAUUAGCAUUACAAUGGAUGGAAGAAAAUAACCAACCCAGUGUCAUAAUCGCUUCUGAUAGCUUGUCAGCGUUUUCAAGCAGUAAGUCUGGAAAGUCGUCACACAGGCAGGAUAUUAUGUAUCAGACCUUUCAUGUGCUACUUGGGCUACAUUAUAGGGGACUGGAUAUCUCCCUUCUUUGGGUUCCUGUUCAUAUAGGGCUGGAAGGAAAUGAGAAGCUAGACAUUGACAUUGGCUAAACACUUAUUAAAACUAAUGUUAACUGACAUACUGUUAAGUAAAGCAGAGGUUAUAAAUAUCGUAAAAGAUUAUAUGCAAAAAAAAAAACUUGCAGGAAUAAUGGGAAUUAAUUGACACAGGAAGACAUCUUUACAGUAUCCAAAAACAUUGAUGGAAUAUGGGGCUGGACUCAAAAGGAAGAGAUGUCUGGCUGUCUGAGAAAAGGACAAACAGGUUUAAAUCAAAUGCUCCACAGAAUAGGCAAACACCCAAAUGGACUAUAUACACACUGUAAUUAAGUAUAAACUUUCAAACAUGUAAAUUACUGAUUGAUUGCAACAGGUAUGAUGAAGAAAGAAGGAAAUUAGUAUCACUAAAUGAUUGAAAACACAAUAUUACAUGUGAGAUUCUGCUAGGAAAUACCUUAUGGAAAAUACCCAUCUACUGAUUAAUUACUUAAGUUUAACAGGAAUAAUAGACAGAAUUUAAUUGGGUUUUUUCCUGCUAAACUGCUCCAUACUCCAUUUCAGUAGGUGGCAGUAAGGUCCCUAUACGCUGUUUUUAUAGCCACCAUUAAAACUCACAGAAGGCGACUUAGGCUGAGUAGAAGAAGAAGAAUGUAAAACCGGAAGCUCAUGCCGCUGUAUAGCAUAGAUCUUAUAUGGAGAAGAUGACUCACUGCUUACACCUGAAUAUCAUUCUAUUUGAACAUUUAUUUGUAUAUUUUGACAACAGGCGAUAAAGCCCAAAGAAAAAUAAUUAUCUGUUGGUUACACUUUAUAUAACAGGUACUACAAUGUUAUCUAAUCGAGGCAAAUUGAGGGGAAAAGGACAGCAAUGGUUUCUUAAUUCUUCCCAACAGCCUGCAAAUGUUAGUAAAUUAAAGAUUUUUAAUUGUAUUCGAUAAGGGUAGAUUAUUAAUGAUAUUAAGUACACAAUGUCCAGUUUACAGUUCUACGAUAUGUAAACGUACAUCAAGAGCAAAAUCAUAAUUUUUUCAUCAGUUUUUUUUAAUAGCCAGACUAUGCUAGCAACGCGAAUUUCGAGCAGAGUGAGAGCUCUCCUUUAUCCUUCUCUCAUGCAACAACCUCCAGAUUCCCCUCCUCCAUAUCAUUAUCACUGAUGGCCGAUCCAUUCAUUGACCACAGUGUGUGGACACAAGGGUAGAUGCUGCAAAUGAGAUAACAUUAAACAUUGGAUGUUUGGCCUGGUGGUGUCAGUUAGCAUGCAGUCACCCAUUAGCUUCGGUCGGCAGCUCACUGGGUUCAUCGGCGGCGACACUUUGAUGCCACUGGCUGAACACGUCGCACUCCUGUAAGGUAGUUGAAAGAAAGAGUAACCUCUUCUGACAACUUUUUGGACACCAUGGCGCCACACCCGGUGGUCCAGGCCGUCAUUGACCUCUCUGCAGGAGCCAUAGGGGGAGCUGCAUGUGUCUUCAGCGGGCAGCCUCUGGACACAGCAAAGGUCAAGAUGCAGACUUUCCCUACGCUGUACCGUGGUUUCAUCCACUGCAUUGUGUCCACCUACAAACAAGUGGGUCUUCGUGGUCUCUACCAGGGCACCACGCCGGCGCUGAUGGCCAACAUCGCAGAGAACUCUGUGCUCUUCAUGAGCUACGGCUUCUGCCAGCAGGUCAUCCGCUUCACAGCUGGGCUGCACAACGAAGCUGUGCUGAGUGACAUGCAGAAAGCCUGUGCUGGCUCAGUAGCAUCCAUCUUCUCCUCGCUAGUACUCUGCCCCACCGAGCUUGUCAAGUGUCGGCUGCAAGCCAUGUAUGAAAUGGAGGCAUCAGGCAAGAUCGCUAAGAGCCAGAACACAGUGUGGUCCGUGGUGAAAUCCAUUAUGAGGAACGAGGGACCAGUGGGGUUUUUCCAGGGCCUGACCACCACCAUAGCCAGAGAGGUCCCUGGGUACUUCUGCUUCUUCGGCGCCUAUGAGCUCUGCCGCACCACCUUUGCAGACUACAUGAAAUGUGACAAGGAUGACAUAGGUGUGGCUCCGAUUGUGUUCAGCGGUGGUUUCGGAGGGGCGUGUCUGUGGCUGGUGGUGUAUCCUAUGGACUGUGUCAAGUCUCGGAUCCAGGUCAUGUCAAUGAUGGGCAAACAGGCAGGAUUUUUCAAAACCUUCAUGACCAUUGCUCGUAGUGAAGGCGUGAGGGCACUCUACUCUGGUCUUACCCCCACCAUGGUCCGUACCUUCCCUGCUAACGGCGCACUGUUUCUGGGUUAUGAGGCCAGCCGGAAGCUUAUGAUGAAGCAGUUUGACAACUGAAAGGAACCAUAUGCACAAAAACAAAUGAGGGAGCGGUAUUAUUAUAGCCAUAUAACCUCAUCAGAACUCCAGUUGAAGCUUUGAAGCUUAUGUGUAGGAUCUGGUUUUUGCCAUUUCCUGCUUUUGUUAAACUUUGUUAAACUGACACACUCCAUCUCUUUUUAACAUAAAAAAAAACAAGUUGGACAUAGUGUUUACAUCUUUUAACACCUAACAUAAAUGUAUUUUUAGAUCUGAGUAUUCUUUGUUUUUAACACUCCAAAAAUGCUGUCGCCAUCAUUCAGUAUAUGAGAAAAAUAUUUGUAGUACAGUACUGAGCAACCAGCCUCUUUAUGAGGGAAUGUCAACACUCCAGUUUAUUAUUUUAUGUCUACCUCAACAAGGUCGUAUCCGAACAGAAACGUUUGUCUGCCAGUCAUUUCAAAUCAUUCUCUGCUUGCUCUGUACGCAGAUACAUGAAAAAUAGAAGUUCUCCGUUAGGCUGUGAGGUUAUCUUAAUGCACAAAAUCUUAAAACCUUACUUAAUCUCACUACAUGAAGAGUUUAUGUGAAAAUGUGAAGUGACAUAUACAAAUGAAUUUCAACUUUCCUAAAAUAUGUUGUGAAUUAUUUAAAGUUUCAGAGCAAAGUAUUCACCUCAGUUUUGGAUCACAUGCUGCUUUGUUUAGGAAUGAUCACAAUAAAAUCCAAAUCUGCUCAUGAAUAUCCUAAAAUAUUUGCUUACUUUUCACAUUGAGUGGCUUUAUUUUUUAAAAAGCAUUGAGCAAAAGUGUCAGGUUUGAUCUGCCUUGAAAGGCAAGUGUUUUAAAGUUGAGCCUGAAAAUGUUCAUGUCAUUGGCCAAAUGAUGAGCAGUGGCUUAUGAGAAGUCACCCUGGACUUGUAUAGAUCUUAAACUGAGGGUGUCAUACUGACUGUUUUUGUUUCACCAUGUUUUAUUCCCCUCUUCUUGCAGUUAUUAUAAUGAAGUCUACACUGUUUUGGGACCCAUUGUUUGCCUUUUUAAAUCACUAGAUUUUGCCUUUUCUGUUGUAUAACCUUUAUUGUCAUGUACAAUUCAGUCAGAAAGUAUCAGCUGCCUCGUCUUAUGUGCCAUUUUCACUCGGUUUAGUAGUUCAUAGUUCAUAAUUCUCAGUCAUAUUCCUGCAAUUCCUGUAAUUUCAUUUGAGAAAUGUAGAUAUUUUAAUCAGAUGGGACUCAAAUAUUUGUAUUGAUGUCGAUCCUGAUAUUCAUUUUAAUAAUACAAACUGUAUUAAAGGUCUCAAUGAACCUUGUCCUGGAUUUUAUUUUAAGUAUAAUAAAAGUAGCAGUUUA